AUGCCUAUCACCAUUCACAGCCUACCUCGAGUAUACACACAUACAACCCCUGUAACAGACUCACACUUGAAGCUCCGUCUGCGAGGCAACGAAGACCAAAGUCAACGAGAAGAUCACGCUGCUGUCACCGCUCUCAAAUCUAUCAAGAGGGGAGCACUCACAGUCACGCCGGUGCUGAGCCAUCCCACCGUGGGCUCUGAACGCUGUGGACGCUUUGGAGCGGAGGUUGAAGGCGUCGACUGGACUCAACCAGUACCCAAAGAAGUGGUCGAACAGCUGAAAGACUUGCAAGACGAAUACGCCGUGCUGAUCUUUCGCAGAACGGGUCUCGACAACGUUCGGCAUGUCGCUUUCUCACAGCAACUUGGACAGAGGCUGGAGAUUAAUCCCUUCUUUUAUGGUCGCGAACAGGACCGAAUAGGAGAUCCUUUUCUAUGGGAUGUCAGCAACAUCAAUCGGGAUGGGACUCUGGUAAAACCAAACUCUCGCAGGUGGCAUCAUAGUCUCGGCAAUGCACUUUGGCAUACGGACUCCUCAUACCAUCAAGAACGCUCGAAAUACUCCCUUCUCUUGUCGCACGGAGAGCCAGUUCGAGGCGGGUCCUGGACACACUUUGCAGACACGCGGCAGGCAUAUGAAGAUCUCCCGCACUCGAUAAAGGACAUGCUAGAGGACCUGGUGGUGGAGCACGAUCUCUGGCAUUCGCGGCUCCUAGGGUCCCCGACAACGUUCAAGGAACCUCUACCGCAUGAACGGGCCGCCAAACCCCCAGCGUACCACAAGCUUGUCCAGCGCGCCCCUGGAGGACGAAAGACACUCUUCCUCGCCGCCCACGCCAAACUCAUCCUGGGGUGGUCAUUCGAAGAAAGCCAAAAGCUCAUUUGGGAUCUGAUUGAGUGGUGCACGCAGCCCAAGUACGUGUUCAGCAUGGAAUGGCUGGACGGCGGCGAUAUGGUGUGGUGGGAUAACCGACAGUCUAUGCACCGUGCUAAUCCAUACACGGAGAGCAUGACAGCCCGAGACGUGCGUAGGGCUACCGUUAUAGACGACGGGCCUUUGGCUUGGGGCGUCACCGGGAGCGAGAGGAUUGUCGCAGAGCAGCAUGCGAAGGAAUUCGGAGCGCGACAAUGGGACCUUGCACUCGAGUAG